UCACCCUCCCUUUAAGGACAUGUUGGGUAUAAACCAGUGGAUUUCCAUAUUUACUGUACAACUGUGGUGGCACUUUAAGAGAGGAAUAAGGCGGAGACAUAUACCAUGUGCUUUGUGGACACACCCCCUCUACGGAUACUGCUGUAGUGUGUGUGUGUUUGUGUGUGCGUGCUCUCUGGCUUCCACUCUCCCACUGCGUCAUUGGUCCAUGUGCUACUGUUGUUAAGGAAACCCUUUACUGGUACCGGCUCAUGUUCCACCUCUGGAUUCCCACUGAAUAUUUUAACAAUUGUGCCACCAUAGUUAAAUGUGUGCCUGAGUGAUGAAAUUCUGUGAUGACAGUUUGUAUCUAUAGAAUAGGAUGUAACCACAGAGCAUUGAGGAUGGAGAGUGGCACUGCAGCAACAGUAGUGUCAGCAGCAGCAGCAGCAGCAUCUCAUAAGGAGUGAGGGAGUCAGGAGAAGUGCAAUCCUCCCAGCUCUCCACCGCGCCAGUCUUGUGGAUUAAGUCUUCUUUUCUAAGCCCAGAGUAAAAGAGCUCAUCCUCACUCUGUCGCACUCUCGCUGUCUUUCUUCCUCUUUCCCUCUCUAUGCCAGGCAGGCACUACCAUCACAGCCAGUAUGGACGUGGCACAGUGAGCUUCUCUGUUUGUCUCAUUCAUUCUCUCCUUGAGCAUCACACUCUACCCAAUUAUUUGUCCAUCAUCUUUACCUUCAAACCUUUCACUCUGCCACAUUUCGUUUCUUCCAUCUCUCCAACUGUGUUUGUUCUGUCCUUCCCAUUCCCUCUUCCUGUCUGCCGUCAGAUACAGAGCUGCAAUGUGUGGUCGGAAGAAAUAAGCUUUUAGUGUCAGCUAUUAGCCGAUUGCACUCUCCAUCCUCUCUGAGAGCAAGGCUCUUAGUAAGGUGACCUCGUCAUCCACCAUCAUCUCUGGUCCAUCACUGACCUGCUUCCCGUCACUGCUCACCUCAGGAGGUUGGGAUGGGCAGGAGGGUGGGUGAGUUAGCCAAGAGCUCAAGGGUUAGCAAUAGUGUAGGUGAUGCCAGAGAGUAAAGGAAGAGGAAAAGGAGGAUGUACAGGCGGAUGCUCACAGGGCAAGUGGAAGCUGAACAAGGGAGGCAGCCGCUCAGCCAUCCCGGCACUCUUCACCAUCACUGAGGAAGACGAGGGACGGAAGCGGAGAGGUGCUUGCAAAAGGAAGAAAAAAGUUUCUUACUCCCAGUAUAAAUCAGAGGAUGGCACGGUGUCAUCAGCUGCCCGUCCGGGUUCCUCGGGCUCUGGACAGAUCUACACUCCCAGCCCGACCUCAAUCCCUGCUUCAAUCCAUAGCCACACCACCACCAGCCCUAGUAACAAUGCUGCUACCAAACUGGACUCAUUGCUCUUCAACAAGAUUGACGAGAGACAGAGGCUGGCCCGUGAGCGUCGUGAGGAGCGUGAGAAACAGAAUGCUAUCAAGGAGGUCCAGUGGCAGGCACGUGAGGAGCGAGCCAGGCAGCACUAUGAGAAACACCUGGAGGAAAGGAGGAGGAGGCUGGAGGAGCAGAGGUUAAAGGAGGAGAAGAGACGGAUCGCCGUCGACGAGAAACGGCGGCAGAAACUGGAGGAGGACAGGGUUCGUCAUGAAGCAGUGAUUCGUCGGACAUUGGAGAGAAGCCAGAAAACCAGUCAGAAGCCCAAUCGCUGGUCAUGGGGAGGGGCUCUGUACGCAAACACUCCCAACACACCAGCCGAUGGUGACAGACGGUCAGUGUCCACAGUGAACUUAUCCAAACACGCAGACCCCGUCAUUACCAAGCGCCUCUCCUAUUCCUCUGCUACACUCCUGCACUCACCAGACAGAGGCUUACAGAUGAGAACAGCCUCCUCUCCUGUCAUUAACAAAGCUCAGUCCAAACUCCGCCUGCACCAGGGAAAGACCCCCCCGCAGAAAGGCACAGGCCCGCGUCGCCUCCCGCUGACGCCGUGGGAAAGCAACGUGGUGAAUCGCCUGCAGCAGCCGACACACUCCUACCUGGCCCGCAGUCGCAGUGCCAUGAGUCUGUCUGGAGAGCAAGCAGCCAUGCCUGUGUGUCCUCGCUCAGUGUCUUGCCACCCGAUGGGCUCCGUGUCCUUCAAGGUUCUGCAGGCUCAGCCGCUGCCUCACUGCCGCAGCCAUGACAGGAACCUCAGCAGGGAGACGGCCUCAUCCUCCUCCACCACCACCCCACGCAGGAGGACGACCGGAACCACACAGCGAAAGGACCGCGAUAACGUCAGGAAGUCAUGGAGCAACCUUUCACUGCCACUGGCCCCCAUUAUGAUGGUUCCUCCCAACAAACACUCCUCAUCGCUAGGCAAAAAGAAAGUGACAGCACCCUCUCCUGGCAGGCCUCCGCAGAAGACACCAGUGCGUCCUCCAACCCCCAAGCUGCUUAAGUCCCCCGGGGCAGAAGACACGGGUAACCUUCGUCCUGUAAGAAUCACACCCGACAGUCCCCGCUCCCCGACUCCCACCAGAGCCCAAGAGAAGGAGCAAGAAAGGGUCCUCAGCCCUCCUGAGCCUCGACCUCAGCCACUGGGUCAGAACAGGACAUCAAAUGAGCAGACAACAGCAGCAGCAUCCAGCGAGAACAUAAGCAGUCCUCCAUCACAGAAGCCUUCAGCAGGCACCACAGAUCCAGAGGAGGCGAGUCGCAUCCUCGCUGAGAAACGGCGGCUGGCCCGUGAGCAGAGGGAACGCGAGGAAGAAGAACGCAGGCUACAAGAGGAGCAAGCAAGGUUGGCGAGAGAGGAGAUCGCUCGCCGAAAGGCCGAGGAGCGAGCGAAGAGAGAGGAGGAGGCUCAGCGGCAGGAGGAGGAGAAAAGAAGGAGGGAGGAGGAGGAGAGGAAGGUGGAGGAAGAGAGACUUCAAAAAGAGAGAGAGGAGGCAGAGAAACAGAAAGAGGAAGAAGAGUCUCGACAGAGAGAGGAGGCAGAGCGGCUGCGGCAGCAGAGAGAGAAACACUUCCAGAAAGAGGAGGCUGAACGACUGGAGAGAAAGAAGCGUCUGGAGGAGAUCAUGAAGAGGACAAGACGUUCAGACACAGCAGAGAAGAAAGUUAUUCCAAGCAGGAAUGGAGACAACACAGUGACAGUGUCACCUUUACACAGCAGCAGCAGCAACAGCAACAGCAACAGCAACAGUCGGCAACCUGAGCCCAACACAAACCCCAGCACUGCAGCACUGAGCCUUCCUGAGCAGAGGGAGAAUGGGGAGUUUGAGGAGGUGAUUGUCCUGCCUUCACAUUCCAGGUUGUCUCCUCCCGAGGGAGAGGAGGAGCAGCACAUUCAGCAGGAGGAGAGAGUUCCUGUCAUAGCCUUCAGGGAGAACGGUCUCCUCAAACCUUUGACUGGAAUAGAGGAUAUAUCAGCUCAGCAGGGUCCAGAUGUCGCCUGAGUCAUCGUGUGACCCAAGAUGAUUCUACACCUAGUGAGACAGGAAGAAAGGUGGAGGAACACGGAGCAGCUGCACUGAAUCAAAGGAGGGACCUGCAACAAUUGGAGGUUUAUUAUCUUGCCCGCCCAAAAACAGCAGAGCACCACAGCCACGUCCCAAAGAUGGCGUCUCCAAAGAUGAAACUGAAUCCUCUCCAGUGAGAGCAGAAGUUACUUUUCUCUUCAACACACUCUCUGUGGAACAGGUAAACGUUCUGUCUCUGACCACGUUUACACUUCUUACACCCGAUUCUGAAGUCAGCAGUGGACAACAGACAUUUCUUUUGACCGUGUGCAUGUGUAUGUAUAAGUGUGUGAGAAGGACUAAUGGUAAUAAAAAAAGAGAUUAGUCAUAAUACUUGAAGUGUGUGUGAAUCAGUACCACAGGUUCACGUACAUUAGGUUUCAUUAAUGUGUGUUUUCCCUUUAACUGGAAUGUUUUAACAUCUCUAUUGAAAUGACAUAGAAGAGAUGGGAUGAAGGAUUGAUGUCAUUGUAUGAUCGUUGUAUAAAGACUACAGUACAGGAAAGGUUCACGUCACUGUGUCAUCAGUGUUUGAAACUAGAGGUUAUUCUUUGGAUGAGACGGCAGCAGCAGUAUCAUGGAGUUUAAGUUAAAUAAUGACCUAAUGAAAAAUGCUUUUUUCUCAAACAACUGAGAAUUAGGGUGUAAACUACUGUUUGUUUGUUGUUUUAAUUGCUGUAAAUUUGAAAUGCGUUUUUGUCUUGUCCUCAUCUUCCUGUCUUUACUUUCUGUUGAGAAUGAGAUAAAAAAAAAGCAUCCUUAACUAAGUCACAUCCCCUUUUUUUGUUAAUGAAUAAAUGCUGCUAAUUCUGAAGUUCCUUUGCCUUACCACAUUGUGGGAAGAACUCAUCUGUACUUAGUUUCACUUUAAAUUAAAAUAUGCAUUCCCUGUCUGAGCUUUGAUAGUCUGGCCACACACUGAAACUCUGCGUGAGCUCCCUUUUUCUUCAUUUCUGUCAGUCGUGAGCUGUAAUGUUUCAUAACUGAAUCUGUACUACAGCUUUCCACUGUGACGGGGAUUAAAGUGAAACACUGGAGCCCAACACAUUUACGCUGGCAUGAGCCUCACUUUUCACACAAUUCUCAGCAAACUUGGCAUUUAGUUCUCAAAGAUUUGCAACAGCACAAUCGAAAUGUAACUUCAAAUGAAACGUGUUGGUUUUGAAGUGCUGCUAUGGAAUGCUGUUAUCAACACGGCAACUUGGCGUAGCUUGCGAAUCACUGCUGUAACACGAGCAAAACAUCUUGCAUUUAGAAUAUUACACAUAGCUAUAUAAUUGAUGUAUAAAUGUUUAUAUUUUACUAAGACUGACCAUGAGGACUUGAGAAGUAACAAGCCCUUUACUUCAGAGGACAAGAUCUUUGAACCGCUGUAAAUCUGAAAUCUUUGUACAACAGUUCAGCUGUACUGUUUGAAAAGAAAAAUUAAACUUUUUGAAUUGAUUACCUA